GGAAAUGAUGAGACAGACAGACAGACAGAGAGAGGUAAUGGGAAAUGAUCAGACAGACAGAGAGAUGUACAGGGAAAUAAUCAGACAGACAGAGAGAGGUAAUGGGAAAUUAUCAGACAGACAGAGAGAUGUACAGGGAAAUGAUCAGACAAUGAGAG